UUUUGACACCUAAACUGACCACCUAUGAUUCCACAAAACUUUAAUAUAGUAACCAAUGCUAUCGUAUUUGUACUUGCUGUGACCGGACCAUGGAUUUGGGUCCGUAUGCAUCAAACCAAUGAAAUUGAAGUCCUACAACAAUUACUUAGGGAUGGUCUCUUCCCUGUUACCAUUCCAAUAGCUAUCCAAUUUGCUGGAGAUGUUAGUUUCACAUUUCCAGAUUUAAUUGAAGCUACGCAAUUCCAAAUAGAUAGAGAAGUAUCUCACUUAACAAACAGUAGCCUAUACAUACAGUUAAUCGAUAAUUUUGAUGAUAGUAGUCCAUCAUUAUAUUCAAUUGAUUUGAUUCUUAAUAAUGAAAAUACAUUAGGAAUUUCAGCUACUAGUUUAAAAGGAUAUGUUUUUUAUACAUUAGACUCGGUUCAUUCCAAUGACUUACCAUUUGUGAUUACUCAAACAAUCCUUUAUCAUUUAAUCCGUCCAGAAAUUGAUUUGAUGAAUCGCCCGCUUACUGAAAAUUUCCCUGAUUCACUUGAUAUAAAAUUAAAGUUUAAUGUCCACAAUGAAACUGUACAACAUAAUGUCACUGAAUUCAUGGAUAAAAUGAAGCAAAAGCUUGUUGGUAUUUCAGUUAUGAAUUGGGAAGUCGAUAACAGCUUAACAACAAGAGACAAUGCAACAUUAUCCGUAAAAUUUUCUGGACAGAACAGUAGCAUAAUCAUAUCUCCUGAAUCAGACCCAGUUGCAGAGCUUCUGAUGAUACUACAAGAGCAAUUGAAUUUUCCGAAAUAUCCUAAGCAUAACAUUUACUUAAAAAUCGAAGCAGCUUAUAGAAUAAAAACUUUGCAGAUAUUACAAGAGUUAACAGAUAAGAUUCGCAACAAAAAUCCCUCCCAGUUGCUUCAAAACCUAGUCCAUCAAAUCAUAUCGGAAACCAGUCCCUCGUGGAUUGGUUAUUUAACAACUGCUCGUCAAUUGCUCGAUAGUCUCUAAUAGAGUAAACAAAUGCGGGAAACGCUUAUUCUAAAAUAAGCUAACCCCAAUACAAUAGAAUCUCAAGCUGGCCUUGUACCCACCAUUGUUAACAUGACAUGUCUCAUCAAGAUUAAGAAAUACCAUUGAAUUUGGAACUUCAUUCGAAUGACUCGCUGCAACGUAUGCGAAACCUCCAGCAUUUGAGCUAUUAACCAAUUCAACUGUAGAAUCAACGUGAUGCUGACACGACAGAAUAAGCUGCUCAGUAGUGCUGUAAAUAAUUCCACAAGGAUAUUUACUUAAAUAGAGGGAACCACCACCAAAAUAUGCUUUCAUUGACUUGUAUACAUCAGUUCUGUGCAAUUUAAAUAGCCAUUUAGAGCAAAAAUGGUCCAUGUGUUGAUUAGUGUGACCUUGUUCAAUUAGCCAACAAUACUCACUCAGCAUUAAUUUAGAAUAUAUAUAGCCUUACCAUCAAUUACACUCAAUACUUCUAGUCAGUUCCGAAUAUUUCUUUCAUC